AAUACACACGGGAUGUCUCGCCGGUGACCCCGAUGUUAUUCAGCCAUGAAUCUUUCACUCUGUCAUCAGUCCCCUGUUAAGAACCUACACAGGCGAUAUAAGCCAAAGUUGAACGACCCGCGUGGCAGUGGAACUGCAGAAUAAAAGCUGCGCUUGACUCCCGAGAGACAGGUGAUAGUCGCUCUGUCACUGUGGAGAACCAGACUUGGGACGAUCAUGAAACUCCUACUGUGUAUCGCUCUGCUGCUGCUCGCUGCUCAGCUGUCGGAAUCCUUUUGCGCUUUGAAUCAACGGACACCACUGGAUGGGUCGAGUUUAUCGGAGCAGCCCUGCAUUGACCCACUCGACGGGGCGUCGUACCCAGUAGGAGAAACAUGGAUAGACGCCGGUUGCAUGAGAUGCACCUGCGGUGUUAAUACUAUUGAAUGCUGUACGACGUACGUCAGACCAGUUGGCUACUCCGAAGAUUGUGAGGCAAAGUUCAAUUGCCGAGAGUGUCGGUAUCGAGUCUACCGGAAGGACAACCCGGCUAUUGAAUGUGAAUUCAGCGGAGCUGUUGGAAAAUGAGCUGGAGUGCUCAGUCAGCUCCCUUCCAGUCGAGACGAAAUCAUCAAUUUGAUAAAGGAUAUCAUGUCUGCUUCAUGAUAAAUAUAUUCAUCCAUUAAUUUCCAAUCAA